CUUUAAUCUUCUCCCUCUUGUUCUCACUCUCUCUCUCUCUCUUUCUGUCUCUGAACUUCAUUCUCUUUGAUCUCGACACAAAUUUCUUGGAUCUCUAGCUCUGCAGAGUGCUGAAUCUUGUCUCUGCUGGAUAAACAAGAUUUCUUUGUGAGGAUGCGUAGUUCUCACUCAAUGAAGAAAGAAUUCUUGAAGAAAUGGAUGAUGGGGCUUCAAGUAUGCGUUUCUUCGAAGAAGAAGAUGACAGUCUUGGAGAGAAAGAAGGCUAUAAAGCUCUCGGCGGACAUAGCCAUGGCUUCCUCCAGCAAUGGCAACACUUGUUGGAGUCGUGCCCUCAUCGUCAAUGCCUCAAAGCACCACAACAACAAACUAUUAAUUGAGCGCAUACUUGGUCGUUCUGAAUACGAGAAGCUUAUAAAGAGAGUUUCAUCAACUCAACCACUCAAGAAGAUAACUCGAAGCAAGAAGAUCUUCAAAAGGAGUUGCAGUAGGCUAAGGAGAGUAGAGAAGAGAAAUAUUAGAGGUUGCAAAAGGGUUAUUAAUGGAGCUUAUUGUGUAGCGAAGAACUUGGUGAAGAAAAGAAGGAAAAUCUUGAGGAGUCUUGUUCCCGGAGGAGAAAUGAUUGUGGAUGAUGUUUGUUUGAUUGAAGAAACCCUAGAUUACAUACUAUCUCUCCGAGCUCAGGUUGAUGUAAUGAGAAGUGUUGCCGAUGCUUGUGAUCAAUCGUAAUUAAAAUGAGUGAAAAAAAAAAUGUUUUCAAUACUUGAAAACGUUUUAGUAUUUGUAUUUUUCUCUUUAAUUUGUUAAGAAAGCUAGGUGGAGAAAAGAAACAUUAUAUAGUUAUACAUAUGAGCAAAUAUAAUUAUUAUGUCAUGUCAAUCAAGGUUUUUUUGUUGGUUC